GCAAAUUGUAUAGAAAUUAACGCAAGGAAAUGAAAUGCAUUGAAAUAAAUGAAAUGCGGUAUUUGUUAUUUCUUGCUUGGGGCGGGUGGUGGGGUGGGGAAUAAACCAUCCAAAAACCAAUCUUUGGCUUUCCUGAGGGUAAAUUCAUGUACAUUUAUACUUUUCUUUUAUACCUUAAGGCUUCUCUAUCCCUUUCCUGAUUUACUUAGGUAAUUUAUUUCCAGUUCAGCUUGUCAGGGAGUAGCUCCUGAAAGUGCUGAACAGAAAAUGGGUAUUGGGGCCCCACUUUUUCCAGAUACCAGAUAGAUAAAGGCAAAUUAAGUCCUACCUGAUCAAUUUCCUAACGUGGUGAAAAGUUUAGGAGAGGUUCCUGUCAGGUAGGGUCUCCUCAUGGCCUGUAGAAGCAGGAGGGAUUAAGGAUUUCUGUCUCGUUCCAGGUGUUGGAUCAGAGGCAGUCAGGACUGUGUUUGGUUGCCAUCCAAAAGUGAAGGGGAAUGCCCACCUCCAUCUGACACUGAUGGCUUAUCAGGUGAAGACCACAGAGCCCUCAAAAGUGCCCCUAAUGUGUUUCAUGGGCCACGCCUGGCACACCCCCCACUCCAAAGGCACUGAGCACUGCAGAUCCCCCAUCCUUCUGUGGAGCCCUGGGUUCUGGUGGUGAACCCAGAGCCCUCCCUCUGACCACCUUGGAGCUCCCAGCUCACAACCAGAAGAAGGCCUCCUCCCCUCCCAGAAUGAAUGAAUCAGAAGUCCUUAACUCAAAGUUAAAUGACGCUGUGUACGACAAGGACAAAGAAGCUGUGCUGGAGCUGCUGGAGCAAGGGGCAGAUGUGAAUUCCAAGGUAGAACAUGGCUGGACACCCCUGCAGACUGCAGUGAGAAACAAUGAUGAGGAGCUGGUCCGGCUUCUGCUGGCCAGGGGAGCUUCUGUGCACGCCAGGAAGGACAAUGGUGGCACUGCCUUUACUGAGGCAGGGACCGCAGGGAACGUGGAGAUCCUGAAGCUCCUCCUGGAGCUUGGCUCAGACAUCAACGAGCAGGACAACAACGGCUUCACAGCCUUCAUGGAGGCUGCGUGGUAUGGGGAGGACGAAGCCUUGAGAUUCCUCCACAGCAGAGGGGCAAAGGUGAAUUUGAGGAGGGAGGCCAGUGAGGAGAGAGCCAAGCUGCACAAAGGAGGUGCCACAGCGCUGAUGGACGCUUGCAGGCAGUGCCACUUCUCAGCUGUGAAAAUCCUGGUCCAGGAGAUGGGGGCUGAUGUGAACAUCCGUGACAACAGAGACAGGAACGCCCUGAUCCACGCCCUAAAGAAGGAUUCAGAUAAAAGAAGUGAUGAGUCACCUGUGCCCAUAGUUCAUUUCCUGCUGGAGCACGGUGUGGAUGUGAAGAGCAAAGAUGAAUGUGGGAAAACUGCCCUCAUCCUGGCUGUUGAAAUGGAGAGCCUGGAGCUGGUGACAGCUUUGUUGGAGAAGGAUGAGAUAGACAUUGAUGAUGCAGAUGAGGAAGGCAACACAGCCCUGAUGGUGGCUGUGAAGGAAGAUAAUUGCGGAAUAGCAAAGUUGUUGUGCGAAAAGGGAGCGAGGACUGACCAUGGGAACCUGAUGGAGGUUGCAAGGAACAAUCGUUCUCGCAGCAUGGAAAACCUUCUUCGUGAGCACAAGGUCAGGCUCGUCCCAGAGACCCCCAGAGCGUGGGAGCCAAACAGCAAACGCUGGAGGGCCCAGCUGAAAAAACUUGAUCAAAUGUAUCGCCCCAUGAUCGGCAAACUGAAGACAUUCCCAUACAUCCAGCAGAAAAUUCAGGAUGGCAUCUACCUUGGGCUCCACGGAGGGACAGAGGUGGCAGUGCAAAUAACCCGCAGCACAGAGGGUGAGAAAGAGAAAGAGUUCCUUGAAAAAUGUUCUCACAGCGAGCAUCUACUGAAGCUCUUCCAGUCCGAGAAGAAAAAAGGCUGCAUGUACUUGUGCUUCCCACUCUGGGAGAAAAACCUCCAGGAGCACCUGCAGGACCCUGAAGGCCAGAAGGAUUACAAAGCUGCUCUGAAGAUCAUCUUCCAGGCACUGAGAGAGCUGCACUCCCUCGGAUUUGCUCACCAGGAUCUACAGCCCGGGAACGUUGUAAUUGAUUUAGGUGGCAAAAUUUACUUGGCGGACUUUGGUAGUAAAAGAAGGUCAAUUGAAGGCCAAGAAGAACUUGUAAAGUCAGACUUACAGGCCCUGGGCAGGCUCGUGCUCCACGUUUUAACAGACGGUAGGAAACCCCUGCAGCAAGUUGGAAUUGAGGAUUUGGCUUCCAACUCCCCAGAUUACACAGAGGCUCGGGACCUUGUACAAAGCCUGUUCUCUCCUGAUGAACGAGGCUUGGAAGGGUUGAGCAAACACCCCUAUUUCUGGAGCAAUCAGAGCAGGUUCAACUUCCUGAAGAGUAUAUGGAAUAAAAUCAAGUAUGACCGAAAAAGAAAAAGUAUUUUUCAAGAUCCUAAUGUCACUUUUCCUUAUCCACAGUGGACCAAAAUGAUUGACAAAGAUGUUUUACAUGUUAUGGAAAAUCCCAGGAAUGCAAAACAUACCAAAACAUACAAAUACACAAAUGAUGUCACCGAUCUCCUGAGGCUCAUGAGAAACAUGGAUGAACACAAAGAUGAAGGGAUCACCAAGAAAAUAGGAGACUAUGCUGAGUAUUUCCUGGGGGUUUUCCCAGAACUUACCACCUAUGUGUACAACAGCUUACGGCAGAACCCCACCUGCAGCCACCUCGCAGACUUCCAGGACCCUUCUCUGUAGGAUGUCACUGCCUCCUGUGCCAUGUCUGGUCCCACCAUCACUCCUUUUAUUUCUUACUUAUUCACCUGCAAAAGAGCUGAAGAGGUGGGAAGGAGUUGGGAUAAAGCACGCCCAGGGACAGAGUAUGGAGGGCUUAAAUUAGGAAAGAUUGCAAAGAGUUUGGUGUAACAGCCAUGAGCUUUGGAUGCUCUGAUUUGCACUGUGAUUAUAUGUUGAUUAUGGAAAUAUUUUUCAGGUGUUGAAAAAGUUGGGUUUUUUGUUGUUUUUUUUUUCUUUUUUUUUCUUUGUUGUUUUUUUUGUUGUUGUUUGUUUGUUUUUUGUGUGGUUCCCCCCCAACUGUUAUUCUUUCAAUGACCUCAUGGACAAACAAACUUGAAAUAAACUUGAACAGAAAACUGACUCUAUGCUCCUUUAGGAACCAGGUUCCCCCAUCCCCUCUGCACAUGAAGAGAAGUUCUGCAGCACUGUCAAAGCACCAGCUGCAUCAGUGCUCCUGCCUUGGAGCAAAGGUCCUUCUGAGGGUCCUGGGAACAUUUCAAAUACAUUAUGGAAGUAUGACUGCACAACUGAUGAUGGGAAAAUGCAACCUGGAGAAUGCUGGCUCCUCUUGCACCCAUAUUUUUGGGUUUUUUACCUUUCCUCCCUGCUCUUUUUUUGUUUUCUUGCUCACUGUGUGUUUCUCAUGCCCAGAAGGCAGGAGGACACCCAGAGAUGCGUGCUCAGGUCUCAGCAGUGGGGGGAGCAGGGCGCUAUGGGGUGCCCUGUGCCAUGGCAGCAUUUCUGCUCUUGCAUGAAGAGAAGUGAGGCCACGGGCUGGGCUCCUCCAGCCUCCUGUAAAAUGCCACAUUUCCUGCUUUCUGUGACCUUUGCAACUUCCAUCACUGCUAAUCCACUGAAGGGCUGGGUCAGGAUAGGCAUAUGAGCCUGCACUGUGGCUGAGGCACCUUCCUUAAUGGUGAGAAAUGAGUGAGUUUUCUAUUAUGAAUUCUUUUUGUCAUUGUCAUCUACAAAAUACGCUGUAUUUAAAAGAGAUCCAUGCAAAUAUUUCAUUAACAUCCUUUAAACAUCACUGCAUAUUGUCCCAGUAUGAAGAAAUAAUGUCAGGGCUCUGUUUUGAUCAGAAUUUUCCCUUGUGGGACAUCUUUAUUUUGGUCCUAUGUAGAAUCCAUCCCCAACUAAAGCCCUUCAAGAACAGCACCUGAGCUAUCUUUGAAGGGAUUUGGUGAUUCCAUUCCUGUCCCCAUGUCAUCGUGGGGAGAAUCCUGCUGUGGCAGCAGGCAGGUGCAAAAGGGCAUCCCUGGCUGGGGAGGCACAAAGAGUUGGCACAAGUUUUUGUUGUUCCUGCUGUUCCACAGCAGGCAGCCUCAAAACAGCAGUGAUUAAACCCAGCCAGGCUGGGACUUAUCUCUCUGGGGUGAUCUGGCUGCUGGGAAUAAUUUCCAGGGAUAGCUCCUGUGCUCUGUCCUGGUGUCAGAGAAGAAACCUGAUCAGUGCACAGCAUCAGCAGAGCAGGCUGCUCCUGGAGCAUCGGUGCCAUAGCCUUCCCCAAAAAAGCAUCUUGAAAAACACACCUCGGGGGCACAGACACAUCUGUGCUCACGCUGGGUCACUUCAGCUCUUUGUGGGCUCCAAUGAGAGCUUUAUUGAGCUUCUUCAUCUUUAUUGACUUUCUUCAUGAAAAGAGCACAGGAAUGAAGAGCCACUCCAAAAGGAAAAGCAGGGGUUUAUAUAUGGAUUUUGAGGGGCGGGGCAGACCAGCAGGGCCAAUGGGAUGAAGGCACAGGGGUGGAAGAGCCAAUGAGAUACAGUUAAUCUGCAUGUCACAGCAAGGCAUGCUGGGAGAAGCCUUUUUCCUCACCCUAACAGAGGUGGUUAUGGCUUGAGGGGUUUUCAUUCCAGGGCAGGGCUAUGGAUUUUUUCACACAUGGCCCAUGGGAGGAAGGAAUGCAGGACUGGGAGCAAGGCUG